UCCAUCUCUCGUGUCUUCCACCCUCCGCUGCGCCGGAACGCAAACCGCACCCUGGCUACGAUGGAGCGGAUGGACGUAGAAGCGGCCGGAGAGGAGACGCGGCCGAGGAAACGCCGGGGCAGGAGGAGGGUCCCGAGCGGCGACCGGGGCUUCUCGUCGGUGGUGAGGCCCUCCGACGAAGGCCGCGGUAUCGCGGCCGGGAACAGGCCGCGGAGGAGCAGUAGGCCGGCGCCGGACACCUAUCGCGAGCCCAACACCGACGAUGAGGAUGGUGAGGAACCUGCGAAUAAUCGAGUUCUGCUUCAGCCUCUCAACAAACCCAAGAGAAUUGAUGCAGGGAAAAAGAGGGGGCCCAGAAAUAAGAAAUCAGAUCAAGAUGGUAGCCAGGCCCACUUCCCCGACGGGAAAAACCAUGGUGGAGACAAUGAGACUAGCGAUGAUGAGGAUGUCAAGCCUGCAAAGAAACGGCAAAGAAGUUAUGCAGGGAAGGGUUCCACCGCAAAAAGGUUGAAGGAAGAGGAUGAAGAAUACAAGGUCACAUCCUCCAAGAAUAAAGUUUCUCAUGAAAGAUAUAAGAAUGGGAAGAAGAUGUUGACCGGGGAAAAUGCUCGAAUGUGCCACCAGUGCCAGAGAAAUGACAAAAAGAAGGUGGUCUGGUGUAAGUCAUGCAAUAACAAGCGAUACUGCAAGGAAUGUAGAACUAAAUGGUAUCCCAAUUUGACAGAAGAUGGAUUAGCUGCAAAAUGUCCAUACUGUCGCAAGAACUGUAAUUGCAAGGCAUGCUUACGAAUGAAAGGAAUUGAAGAGGCUCCACAAAAGGAAAUUUCUGAAGAAAAUCAAAUUAGUUAUGCAUGCCAUAUCUUGCGCUUGUUGCUUCCUUGGCUAGGAGAGAUGCAAAAGGAGCAGAUGGAAGAGAAGAAAUUAGAGGCUCGUAUACUAGGAGUUUUGACGGAUGAACUGAAGUUGGAACAGAUCAAGUGUGGUCCUGAUGAGCGUGUCUAUUGCAACAGGUGUAAAACUUCUAUAUUCGAUUUUCAUAGAAGCUGCAAGCAUUGUCUCUAUGACUUGUGCCUCAUCUGCUGCCGGGAGCUUCGCAAAGGUAAGAUCCCUGGAGGAGAAGAGGUGGAGAGCGUGCAGUAUGAGGAUAGAGGAAAGGACUAUACUUUUGGCAAGAAUUUUCAUUCAAAGGGUGAGAAUCGAAGGGACUCUUUGAGGAGGAAGAUGGACUCCCUUACUGAUGGUAGCAAAUCUUGCUCUCUGCUGCUGUGGAGAGCAAAUAGUGAUGGUGGCAUACCUUGCCCACCAAAGGAAAUUGGGGGCUGUGGUGGUUCUGUCUUGGACCUCAAAUGCAUGUUUCCAGAGAAAAUGCAUGCUGACUUACAAGAGAGAGCUGAAAAAGUUGCGAGGAGUGAAAUGUUUGAAAAAGCAACAUUUAGUAGAAGUGGCCAGUGCCCUUGCUUUGAUCAUUCGGGCACGGUAAGAACUGACUUAAAGACAGUACGGAAGGCUGCAAAUAGGAAGGGCUCAAGUGAUAACUACCUAUAUUGUCCAGUCGCCACUGGUCUCGGUGAUGAUGACCUAAUUCACUUCCAGAUGCAUUGGGCAAAGGGUGAGCCAGUUAUUGUCUCUGAUGUUCUUCAAUCAACCUCUGGUUUAAGUUGGGCGCCGAUGGUUAUGUUGCGGGCAUUGCGUGAAAGAGCCAAGGGCAAGGCAGAAGAUGAGAAGUUUGAUGUGACGGUAGUAGAUUGCCUUGAUUGGUGUGAGGCGUCACUUAAAAUGCGUGACUUCUUUACAGGAUAUAGAAAUGGCAGAAGUCAUCACAGGCCUUACUGGCCUCAGAUGCUUAAGCUGAAGGACUGGCCUCCUUCUAGUACGUUUGACAAGAGGUUGCGGCGCCAUGGUGCUGAAUUUAUCAGCGCGUUGCCAUUUCCUGAGUACACCGAUCCAAGAAAUGGUCCACUAAAUCUUUCGGUUAAGGUUCCUGCUGGUAUCAUGAAACCAGAUCUUGGGCCGAAAAGUUACAUUGCUUAUGGAUUUUCCGAAGAGUUAGGCCGGGGUGACUCAGUGACCAAGCUUCAUUGUGACAUUUCUGAUGCGGUAAAUAUCCAAACACACACUGACGAAGUGUCAUAUGAGACAUAUGAUCUUUGUCGGAUUAAAAAGGUCCAGAAAGACAUGAGAAAGCAAGAUGAUCAGGAACUGCAUGGGGAUUUGAAUUCACGCACUGAACUUAGGGCACAGCCAUCUGUUGAUGAAUCUUAUGAAGCCGCGGUGACUUCAUGUAGUAUGGAAAAUUAUAAAGAUAGUUCUAAUGGUUUGCACAUAAUUGCUCCACGUCGCGAUGCUAUAGAUGAUGUUAAGGAUAAAGUGUCACCUCAUAAAUCUGUUACCAAAUCUGAUGAGAUCCGCAACGGAACUCGUUUGUACUAUCAACGUCGCGCUAACAGAAAGGUGCAUCAAAAUAAAGCCAGUGAUCCUCCCAAGCCAGUUCCUGGUAAGUAUGAUGAGAUUGUCAAAGGAAUUCAUAGAAAGGUGCACCAAAAUAAAGCUACUGAUCCUCCCAAGCCAGUUCCUGAGAAGACAGAGAAAGAUAAAACUGGUGGUGCUUUGUGGGAUAUAUUCCGACGAGAGGAUUCAGAGAAAUUACAAAAUUUUCUACGGAAACAUGCCUCCGAGUUUCGACACAUCCACUGCAAUCCUGUGAAUCGGGUUAUCCACCCAAUUCAUGAUCAGACAUUCUAUCUGACAGAAGAACAUAAGAAGAGGCUCAAGGAAGAAUGUGGUGUUGAGCCAUGGACUUUUGAGCAGAAGCUUGGGGAUGCAGUUCUCAUUCCUGCCGGGUGUCCUCACCAAGUCAGGAAUUUGAAGUCUUGCAUGAAGGUUGCGAUGGACUUUGUUUCCCCCGAAAAUGUGGGUGAGUGUGUUAAGCUGACGGACGAGUUCAGGGCACUUCCAUCUGCCCACAAGGCUAAAGAAGAUAAGUUAGAGAUCAAGAAGAUGGCUUUAUAUGCGUUUCUCGAUGUUCUUGAAUUCUUGGGACGUCAUGUGUAAGGGUCAAAGAGCGGACAUGUCCAGCCCAACCAGUCCAGCGAUGGUACUGCAGAGGAAAAGCCUAAAAGGGGUACCCGUGCAAGAGGUGGCUCUCGGUCUCGGAGGUGACUGGUUUGUCAUCAGAUUGCUCUCUGGGGCUGUGACUGAAACCAUUGUUUUGAAAUAGAGCUCCUAAUUCAGGCAGGCAUCGUUGGUCAGGGUAUCUACUUUUGUUCGUACUAGGCGAUUGCUGUCACUGAAAGUGAGUAGAUGCGGGUAACAAUUGACAAGUUGUCCAUACAUCAGCACAUGCCGUUGGAGUUUUUUUCACUUGGAUAUUCAUAGAUGCGAUUUAUGGUUGUUUCAGACCUGAAAUGCUGCCUUAUUUAACGCUGUGUGCUAUCUAUGUGAUCACCAAUCCUCACAACU